AUGAAAAUUGUUAAGAAAAUUUUCAUGUCGCAAGUUGUUCAACAAAAUGCUGUUUCCAUUCAUUCGUCCGGCAACCAAUUUAAUUGUGAAUUGCAAAAGAAACAAGAAUCGCAACAUCGAGAAGAGGAAAGGCAGAUAUCUUUCAGUAGCAAUGAUAAAGUACAUAAAUGUUUGAUUAAUAAAGUUUAUCAAUGA